AUGGAGCUGGCUGCUCGAGACCGAAGCUUGGAGCCGUCGCUAGCCAUGGAGCUGGCUGCUCGAGGACUUGACAAUGACGCCCGAGGGUGGAUUAUGUGCGUGGUCAGUGGCAUAGCAUGCAUCUUCGGCGCCUCCAUCGUGUGCGUCGACUUCAUCGUCCGCCUGUUCCCGGGAAAGCGCAGCUUUCGCAUCCAGGAGAGCAACAUUUUCCUGGCGUGCUCGCUUUCCCUAAGCUUUGGAGUCAUGAUGUUCUCCGCACUGUACAGCAUGCUGCCCGAAUCAAAGGACUAUCUGAGGAAGGACGCCUGGGCUGAUCAACCUGCCGGCUUUGUUGUCAUGGGAUGCUUCAUUGGAGGCUUCUUUGGUAUCCAAGCCGUGUCACGCCUCCUACACAGGCACAUGCCGUCGCAUGUUGUCGAUUGCGACCACACCCACGAUCACACAACCCCACAAGACAGCUUCUCGUGUAACCACAGUCGCAGACAGUCCAGAGUCAGCCGAGCACGAAGACGGCUCUCCCGUCCCCGGUCCUCUCAUAGCCAUGCGAAGUUGGACGCCGGUCACGCCGCGGAGAACGGAGUGGCGCUCGCAGGCGAGACCACACCUCUAUUGCCGUCGUCCAUCGAAACCGACGAGAAUGGCUAUCGAAAACCACUAAAGCGACACGCAUCUACUCCAGCUGAUGAAAUGUCGCAACGCCCAACUAGCCCAUUAUUGGCCUCGAGAGGCCAUGCGACAACUACUGACUUGGAAGCGGCAGCUCGUCGGCCGUCCAUGUACGAGGUACAGAAGCGCGUCAUGUCCUUUGUCAGAGACACCAAGUGCAACUGUGAAGAGGAGGGGUCAUGCUAUGGUUACACGGAUCCAUGUGGACAAGAAUGUUUCAAACACCUCUCUACACGCUCGCAAAGCGGCCCUAAACAUGCUGCCACACUUCGAACUACCACCGGACCCUUCUAUCUGCACUCCGGCUCUGUCUUUCAUGCCGGUCAUGGUCACGAUGAUCCCGACGCAUCCAUAAGCCCUCUGUUCCGCAUAAGCAGAGCUACCUCUCGCGAACCUCUUUUCUACCCAACAGAUGAAGAAUCCCCGGACCAGGAGGAGCAUGAUUCAUCCUGCUCCUCCAUCGAAGAAGGAGAUCUCGAAACCAGCCAACAUCACCACCAUGUUCCCACAAAUGCCUUCCUUUCCAUUGGUCUUCAAACAUCCAUUGCGAUAGCUCUUCACAAGUUCCCCGAAGGCUUCAUCACAUACGCAACCAACCACGCCAAUCCCACACUCGGCUUCAACGUCUUCAUGGCCCUCUUUGUACACAACAUCUCGGAAGGAUUUGCCAUGUGCUUGCCCUUAUACAUGGCUCUCGGAUCCCGCUGGCGCGCUUUAGCAUGGUCCGCCGUCCUGGGCGGCCUGUCCCAGCCCAUGGGGGCCGGCGCAGCAGCAUUAUGGUUCAAACUGGCGCAAAGGUCGAACAUCGCCCCGAAUGCAUUGGUAUAUGCCUGCUUAUUUGCCAUUACAAGUGGAAUUAUGGCAUGGCCAUUCUGGGGUUGA